CUUGAUUUUCAGCCCAUUGGUGCCGGAAAGAGUUAAUACCUACGGCUUCAUAGCCCCCUGCACAGCCUCUGGGUGCAGAGGAAGGCAGCUUUGGGUGGUGGUGACUUCUGCCUGAGCUGCAGCCACAGGAGCAGGGAAGCGGGUUAGUGAGGCUGAGGAGGAAGGUGCAGGAGCAGUGCCAGGGAGCUCUGUUCAGGGGCACCUCCUGCAUCCUGCCAAUGAGGACGGGCGUGCAGACUGUGCCUGAGAGCCGAGCCACCGCCCGCUGGGUGUAGGCUGCUUCAGGAUUUACUGGGUGUGACGAGCGGAGAGAAAAGCUUUCAGCGGAGCUGCUGGCCGCCUGGCUCAAGUGGUGGGAGAGCUCCUUAACUCGCAGUCUCUCUGACCAUCCAGUUGGCAGCGACCCUCAGGCCAUGAGGACCAGUCAAAGACAGUGAGAGGACGUGAAAGGGCAAUCCCUCUGCCCCGCAGUCUUAUCUCCUGCCCUGACGCCCCUGCAAGCCAGCCAAAGGGUUAACCAUAAGUGGAUGCCUGUAUGGCUGCCUUACUGAUGCCACGGAGGAACAAAGGGAUGAGGACCCGACUGGGAUGCCUGUCUCAUAAAUCAGAUUCAUGUAGUGAUUUCACAGCCAUUCUUCCCGACAAACCCAACCGUGCUCUCAAGAGACUAUCCACAGAAGAAGCUACGAGGUGGGCAGAUUCCUUUGAUGUGCUUCUCUCCCAUAAGUAUGGGGUGGCCGCAUUCCGCGCCUUCUUAAAGACGGAGUUCAGCGAGGAGAACCUGGAGUUCUGGUUGGCCUGUGAGGAGUUCAAGAAGACCAGAUCAACCACCAAACUGGUCUCCAAGGCCCAUAGGAUCUUUGAGGAGUUUGUGGAUGUGCAGGCUCCGCGGGAGGUAAACAUCGACUUCCAGACCCGAGAAGCCACAAGAAAGAACAUGCAGGAGCCAUCCCUGACUUGCUUUGACCAAGCCCAGGGAAAAGUACACAGCCUCAUGGAGAAAGACUCUUACCCCAGAUUCCUGAGGUCCAAAAUGUACUUAGAUUUGCUGUCCCAAAGCCAGAGGAGGCUCAGUUAGACCUCAGAUCAGGACUCUUGGAAAUCACCGGCUUUCCCCCUUUCCUUGCUGCCAAGAACCAUAUUCUAAUGUGAAAUGUCAAAGCAGUGGCGUUUGGUGUGGGAGGCUAGAGGUGAGGAGGGGAAGAGGGGCCAUUCCAAAGAACGAUCCAGCCUCCAGCCUCGGAAUCUAUUCCAUUUACCUAUGUUUAUGUUUGGGUUAGUGGUAGUACCUCAUCACCCUUCUCUGGGUCAGCAACUUGCCCUCCACUAUGCCAUGGGUCUUUCUUGCUGAGAAGGCAGAUUUGCUAUGCUGGGCUAAUCUGUAAAUAAUGCAAAUGUAAUUUCCACCCCUUGUACACUUUCCUCAGUUAGAUUCCCUGACUCCCCACUUGUCCUAUAGCCCUGGGAGGAAUGGCUGGAAGACUCAGGCUCACAUCCGUGAUUUGUUAUCACAGAGUAGUGACCAGUCCUGGGGUAUGGGGACCACUCACCUUUGGAGAGAGGUCUUGUGGAAUCCCAGGUGUCUAGCACUGUCACGGACAGGUAACCUCGGAGAGAAAGGACAAACUCCAUCGGGUUGGCUGUUCUUCCAUUUCCACUAGACCAGUGUGAAGAGCUGUGACCACUGCCCAUCUCAGUCUAAGAAAUUCACAAGAUUCCCUCACCCUUGCAUUUCCAAAAAAGGCCCGGGGAGCUGUCCUUCAUGACCUCUGACAGGGAGCUGCUAUGAAGGAAGACGCAGCUUGGAAGUCUUCCUCAAUUCUACCAAGAAGUUUUCUAGAAGUUGAAUGAAUGACCAGGGAAUGUAGCACCAGUAGACUUUUGUGCAGUGGGGCACCGUGUAACCUAUCUGUUGCUUCCUGCAACCUCUGCCCUCACCUCCCUGUGGCAUCACACACCACCGGUCUCUUAGGAUGAUAGACGGCUUGGCAAAGGGAGGUGAAUUCACAACAGCAUGGAGAGCUCUCACGGCGCCUAAUAUUUUCCUUCUCUCUCCCCCUCCUCACUUCCAUGCAGGUCAUGUAUUUAUGAUGGGGGAGGAAGGGAACUUAGGCUGAAACUCUUCCAGCUUGCUUCCUGGGAGCACGCUUUCUUAGAAAAGUCCCUCUCUAGAAAGAGGGUGACCUUGACUCUUCAGCAGCUUCUCUCUUGAUCUGGACCUUCCUGGGACUGACCAUGGAAUGGGGGAUGUGGCUGAGAAGAUCACUGUGAACAUGUGGCUGGGGGGCAAGUGGGCCUGGCUGUGGAGAGGCUCCCUGAAACGCUUUCAUGGUACCCUUGGUCUCUCUUGAAAAUGUGCCAGGAAACUCUUGUGUGGAGGACAAGCGAGCAGCAUGUAACCUAUUCUCGCUACUCAGGAAAAAGUGGACAUUGAUACAACAGAGCACUGCCAAGGAGACAAUCCUCGGGAGACCCAGAAAGUGGAACAGGAUCCUAGAAAGGACUGUUCUCCAGGUGGACUGACUCACAGAGAACUUGGUGGAACUCACAGCUGUUGGAUUUGGUUCUUGGAUUAACUACAAAUCUACAAAACUUUAUGCUUGACUAAAUGAAACAGCACAUGAAAUUAGGUGUCAGUUCUGGAGUGCAGGUAAUUGAGAGCUGGGCCAAAGCACACUUUUCCGCGUCUGCAUUCCUGUCCAAGAGAUUUUGUGAAUCUCUUUCUUCCUUGGCUGCAGUUAGACGCCUUGAAUCCUGCUGGUGUGUAGUCCACUGCCCUGCCACGAGCCUUGUUAUCUAUGUGUGAGGGUUGGCUUAAUCUGUAUGAAUCAUCGAGAAGAAAAGCAGAUGCCGUUAGCCUUCACACUGAAGAGAUGCAUGGAAUUUCACUUCCAAGAACUCUGAGGCCUCAAAUGUGUGUUUGUAGUUAGAUCAGAUAGUAUCACCCCACACCGGUUAAAAAACACACACACACACACACACAAAACCACAAAAAACCACAAAAAACCAUUCUUAGCUAAAACUGCCAGAAUUGAUUUAAUGACAAAAUUCUCUAACAGGGUAUUUUCAAUAUUGUUUACAUAUGAAAUGUGCAUCUGCUGCCAACUCUACUGUUGAAUUUGAGGUGUGUAUAAAUUGGAAGUGCAUGGAGUUAUGGAAGUGCUAACCAUUCUAUGAGGGGACUUUUCACCACUUCCAUUAUCCCAAGGAGAAAAGUCUGAAAAUUGUUGUGCAGUAGCCUCAUUUGUAGCCCAGAGUUCUUGCCAGCUAUUGGUGGAACGGAGGUUGCAGAUGGUGGUGCCGUGGCGCGCUGGUGACUUCUUCCCACGAUGGGGAGGUGUGAAGGACCAAGCUUGGGUAUCUUGAACUUUGCAGCUAAGCAGGGGUAUGUGGGUGUGUGUCUGUGUGUAGAGAAACGUGACAGCUGUAUUUAUGGUACUUCUGUAGAGCGUCUCUGUGUAUGUGUGUGUGUGUGACAAUUGUGAGCAUUAGACUAGGAGCCUGCAGUGAUAUCUUCCCGUGUGGAUGGAGUCUCCCUCACACCUUGAUGUCCUGCUUCCCACAAAAGGUACAGAGUAUUGCACUCUGGUGCCCACUCUUAGGCACUUUGGUCUUGCCAACGCAGAUUUUGGUUUGUGACAAAACAAAGAAAUGUUUACAACAUCUAGAGCAAUAUCCAAGUAUACCUCAUCCCCAACCUUCAGUGUCUAUACAUCCUGCCCUCUCCCCCAUUCUCUCUUCCCUUCGCCCUCACCCGCCUCUCUCAGUUGGCACCAGUGGGUGCUGCUGCUUCCAUUUAAUGUCUUCCUUUGCUCCUCGUACCAGGCUUGUGCUAGGAACCACCUUCUGGGCUUGAGCCUUGCUCUAGUCCUGGGACCUCUGCAGACCUGAGGCAAGCCAGGGCAGAUAGUUCGGGCAGGGCUGUGACUUUUAGAACUGCUCUCCAUCCCCUGAGUGGGCUUUAGAGACUCCACUUGAGGACUAACCUGUUUUGAAGCUCGCAUGAGAUUUGCGGUUGCCCUUGGCAAACUAAGUAGAACACAGUCAAUGACAACCAUCUCAGCUCCCAGCUCCCCUGGGGAAGGAAGGGUCCCCUGAGGCAGUGCUUAUCCUUAAACUUGAGCAUGCACCAGGAUGACCUUGAAAGCCCGUGACAAGCUCCAACUCCAGGUUCCGAGAUGCUAAUAUCUGAUAGACCUGGGGUGGAACCCAGAAAUCUGAAUUUUUAACAAGUUCCAGCAGGUAUAUUGGUGUGACCCUUGGCUGUUCAUUAGAAUCACCUGUGGAGUUUUAAAAAGUCCAAACACCCAGGCCCACCCCAGAACAAUUAAAUCAGGAGCUCCGAGGCUCGGUCCGAGGCAUCAGUAUUUUUUUAAAGCUCCUUCUGUGAUUCCAAAGUGCAAAUGGCGUUAGGAACUACUUGCCUAAGGAGGAAAGAAGAACACGGCUGAGGGUAAAACACAGCUGGGUGGGUGUUCUAGAGAACAUCUAGAAGGAAACAAGCACAAUGGCCAGGAAUCCUUCCAGCCCAGAGUUUGGCUUCUUGGGGGUCGCUGCCUUCAUGCCCUCUCCAAUCUGAUUUGCUCCUUUAAGAUAAAUGUGUAUUGUGUUUGUAUGUGUUUUCUUUUUUGUUGUUUGUUUUGUUUUGUUUUGUUUUUGCCUAAGCUGCAUGCACUGUUCAGCAGCAGGUAAGCCAAAAGGGGAGCGGGGAGGAAAGGAUGCUGAAAGGGUACUUUAUCAAGAGACGUCUUCCUUGUCUUGUUCAUAGCACUUCUCUGAGCUUGCCUCACGGGCUGUGUGUCCUGCUCUUUUGUUCCCAUGCUCUCUUGUGUCUGGCCCUUUCGAAUUAGUUGUGCCUCUGUGCCCAAGGCUGUGUGUCAUGGUUAGCUGGAACUCAGGAAGUGGUGAAGAGGGUCGUGGUAAGAAUAAUAGUGGUAACACAAAACUUCCACAUUUCUAAAUGUCACUUCCUGGGGAUUUCAAGAUCUUUGUGGCUUUUCCAAGGUCACAGCGGGAUUUUGGUGGCCCCUCUAAGCUCUUACCUUCCCCUCUUUGGUCUGAUCCCAGGCUGGAUGGGCAGCUGGGAGGUUCCUAGUUGAUUUUGCUCUCUGGUGCUCUCCCCAAACUUGCUGCUCUGAAUAAACCAAAGCGGUGACUCGGCCUUCCACUCAGGCAGCAAGCCCAGCCCCUGGGUGCAGGACCUGGGUACUUCUCUCCAGAAGGGCCGGGGUGUCCGGGUACCCUAGGACCUGGGACUGUGGAGACGCUUUCCUUGCUGGGAGGGGAAGGUGUGAACCUAUUGUGCUGAGAUCUGGGGGAGGAUGGUGGGAAUGGAGAAGACCAAAGAGGAAGGAGCGGGGUGGGGGUGGGGGGCGAAGAUGAAGCAGCUUACAUGGCAUCUGCAUCUCCAUGAAGGAGAAAGUGCACUAUCGUAGGCAGGAUGGUCUCCCACCAAGAGUUUCCAGAACGCUUCUGACUGUCUGUGCCCAGUUCUAGGCAAGGCAGAGCAGUUACGGUUUCCAACCUACCUGGUCCUUCAGUCUACCAAGUGUCAGCCCUCUUUAAAUCUGCAUCCCUGCGGAUAAGCAAGAGAGGUGCAAAGUACCUCUGGCAUCUAGAGACUGUGCCGCUGUGCCGCUUGGCCUGAAUACUGUGGAGGAAGAGGCCGAAAGUGGAGAUGUCUUUCUGAUGUCUCCCAGGACUCCACGGGAUGCUGUGGAUCAAGAAGGAAGACUUCAGGAUGGGGCCACUGGCCUGCCCAUGCUUGGGGUCUGGGUCCUCUCAAUAGACUGCUCCCUUCUUUGAUUCUUAUUCCUUUUGGACCCUCCCAUUCCCUCCCUCUGCCAGGUGUGGAAAAGGUGGCUGGGCUCGAUGUGGCUCCAACCACUGUAGCAUUAGCUGAGUCACGCAGCGUGCACAACAGAUGUGUAGCAGCUCAUCUGCCACAUAAACCGCUUGGCUGAUGGAGUCCUCAUUGAGUUGUUUCAUUACCGCGUAAAGUGGAAUAAUGUCAUUCACCUUUACUAUAAACAAUGCUGUGAGAACAUAAUAAACAGAACCUGAACA